UAUUUAUUUUUUGGAGGUGAAGAAGAAGAAGAAGAUGAAGAAGUAAGCCUCUAUGGCUCUCUUACACCUGAAGCUUCCUCUUUCCUUUCCUUUCAUUCCCAAUCGCUUUAUACAACACCAUUCCUCUAAAACUUUCCUCUUUCUACACUCCAAGACCCCCAGACUUCUCUCUUUCUGCACAGCUCCUCCCACUUCUCAGUCUACUUCUUCUGCUUCCCCUAUUUUCCUCCCGUAUCUCCAAGAAGAUGAAAACGAUGUUGUAAAUGAUGAUAAUGAUGAUGAACAAGAGGACCCAGAAGCAGUUGAAGAAGUGGAACUAGAAGACGACGACUCAGAACCAGAAGACCCAUUUAUCAGAUUCUUCAAGUCUCGCUCUUCAACCCAAGACCCUCAACUAGAAGGCAGACUCUCCUUCCAGACGAACCGUCGCUCUUCUUGGCAUCUCGCUAGAGAUACCGAAUUUGUAGACGAUAAAGAAGAAGCUGUAACGGAGUCCGAUGUGGAAGAAGAAUUGCUUGGUGAAAAAGCAGAAUUGGGUUCGGUCAGUAUUGAUUCAGAAGCAUUAUCUGUGGGCACAGUUGGAGAAAUUUUGCAAAUUGCUAGGAAUUUGCCGCAGAAUCUGACUUUGGGGGAGUCACUGGGAGGUUUCGAAGGAAGGGUCAGUGAGAAAGAGGGUGUGGAGGUGUUAAGGUUGAUGGGUCAGGAAGGUCUAUUCAUGGGUUGCUUGUAUUUCUUUGAAUGGAUGGGUUUGCAGGAACGUUCUCUUGUCACUCCUCAGGCUUAUUCUGUUUUGUUUGCAUUGUUGGGGAGAGCUGGAAUGGGCGACAAAUUGAUGGUUUUGUUCAUGAAUUUGCCACCCAAAAAGGAAUUUCGAGAUGUUCGUGUUUAUAAUGCUGCAAUUUCUGGCCUCAUGUGCUCUCAAAGGUAUGAUGAUGCUUGGAAGGUUUAUGAGGCAAUGGAAGCAAACAAUAUCCAUCCAGAUCAUGUGACAUGUUCAAUUUUGAUUACUAUGAUGAGAAAAACUGGCCUUAGUGCAAAAGAGGCUUGGGAGUUCUUUGAGAAAAUGAACAGGAAAGGUGUUGAAUGGAGUCCAGAAGUUUUGGGGUCUAUUGUAAAAUCGUUCUGUGACGAGGGACUGAAGAGUGAAGCCCUUAUCAUCCAGAUAGAAAUGGCAAAGAAAGGAGUCUUUCCAAAUGCCAUUGUGUAUAAUACUCUAAUGGAUGCUUUUUGUAAAUCCAACCAAAUCGAGGAAGCUGAAGGUCUCUUUGCCGAGAUGAAAUCUAAAGGGAUUAAACCGACGUCUGCUAGCUUUAAUGUACUAAUGGAUGCAUACAGUAGAAGAAUGCAGCCUGAGAUUGUCGAGAAGCUACUGGUGGAAAUGCAGGAUAUGGGCUUGGAUCCAAAUGCUAAGUCAUUUACAUGCCUCAUUAGUGCAUAUGCAAGGCAGAAGAAGAGCGAUAUGGCUGCAGAUGCAUUUUUAAGGAUGAAGAAAGUUGGCAUAGCUCCAACUUCACAUUCGUAUACAGCUCUUAUCCAUGCUUAUUCAGUUAGUGGAUGGCAUGAAAAAGCUUAUAUAGCAUUUGAGAACAUGCAAAGGGAAAGAUUAAAGCCAUCCAUAGAAACAUACACUGCUCUACUGGAUGCAUUUAGGCGUGCUGGUGACACACAGACAUUAAUGAAAAUUUGGAAAAUGAUGAUCAAAGAGAAGAUUCAAGGGACUAGGGUGACAUUCAACACUCUUCUGGAUGGAUUUUCUAAACAAGGUUGCUAUACUGAAGCAAGAGAUGUCAUUUCUGAAUUUGGGAAGAUUGGAUUGCAGCCAACAGUGAUGACAUACAAUAUGCUGAUGAACGCAUAUGCUCGUGGAGGACAACACUCAAAGUUGCCACAGCUUUUGAAAGAGAUGGCAACUCUCAGUCUAAAACCAGAUUCUAUUACGUAUUCAACCAUGAUCUAUGCUUAUGUUCGUGUUCGCGAUUUCAAGAGAGCAUUUUUCUAUCACAAGAAAAUGGUGAAAAGUGGGCAGGUACCAGAUGCCAAGUCUUAUCAGAAGCUUAGAGCCAUUUUGGAUGUAAAAGCUGCAGGAAAGAAUAAGAAUGAUAAAAGAGCUAUACUUGGUAUAGUUAACAGCAAAAUGGGUUUGGUAAAAGUUAAGAGAAAGAAAGAUGAAUUUUGGAAGAACAGGAAAAAGCGUGUGAGAACUGGUAAAUAUGCUUCAAAUGACAGUCAUACUGCUAAUAACUGAGUUUGGCAAUACCACCAGGUUUAGUUUUACCAGCAUCAGCGUUAUUGCAUGAAUUUCUAUUCGGUUUUUUUAUGCAGUACCAUGCCCUUCAAAACUACCGUAAGUGGUUAUCUUUUUUCAGUUGUCAAUCUGAAAAAUAUAACAUCUGGCUUCAGAUCAUUAAAAGCCAACAUGAGCAUAUUUAUCUCUGAUCCCUCAUCAUUGAAGAAGUUUGACUUCAUCCAAUUCAUGCCAGUUUCCAAGAAGUGAAUCAGGUAGUUUCCUAUUGUUUAUACCUUGAUGUACGUGGGAAAUUCCUUAAUUUCCUGAAUUCCUUGCAUAACAACCUUUAAUCUGUAUCCGAAUACUUUAUAUGAAAAGUUUCAGCUUUACUUGUUCUUAAUCUCUAAA